UCCCAUUCUCAAAUUCUGUGCUGAGACCUCCAGCGCCAAAGUCGCCGGGAUGUCGCGAUUCUUCAUGAGCGACCCGGAUGAGCUACUGAUCGACGGCGUGAAUGGGGGGAGGCAGGCGGGUGUUUCAACGAGGGCGUCGAUAGUAGAGACUUUCAAGGGGUACGGGAUCGUGGCCGGGCUGCGGGUUGACUGGGAUGAUCUUCGGCGGCGGAUCUUGAUUCCCGGACGGCUGCGUGCGGCUAUGGUGGAGGCAAUGCGGAGCAAGGAUCCGGUGGCCAGCGCUAGGGCUGCUGCGGAGGCCGUGAAGGGGGUUUCUUCGUCUGGGAGCGGGUGGAUUGAUGUGUGCCCGGAAGCACCCAUCGUGGUAUUUGUUAACUCGCGUAGCGGAGGGCGGCUAGGGCCCAUUGUCAAAGGUCGCCUUCUUGAAUUGAUUGGGGAGGAUCAGGUUGUGCUUUUUUUCGUAGAUUGAUUGAUUGUUUUGUCUGUGUUUGGGGCAUGUUUGAUUUCAUAUAAUGCGGAUUGAAGAAGGAUUUUCCUGGAACUUCUGACUUUCAUUUUUCGCCCAAUUAUUUUGACUUGUAUGAUAAUCUCAUGCUUAACGGGACUGUAAUUUGGUAGGAAUGAAGCUCUAUUGUGGAGCAAGGUGAAACAAUUUCUUCGUAAAUGUAUUGAGUGGAUCAAGGUUUGUGAAAGCCAUGCUCUUGGGAAUACAUAUUAUGUUUUUCUUUUUUAUUUCAUCGAGCGGCCAGACACAGCUUGUAUGAGUUGAA